AUGUCUGUGGCUGAGUUUGAAGAGGUCUUCUCUAGUUUGUCCCAGUUUGCACCGGAGUUAGUGGCAACAGAAGAGCAUCGUUGCAUUGAGUUUGAGAAGAAACUAAAAACCAAGAUCUUGUUCAAGGUUGCCGGGAACAUGAUCUGGAAUGAUGACCGACUUGUGGAAGCGGCGGCACACAUAAAGAUUACUGUAGAGGCUGAGGAGGAGAGAAUCCGAGGGUCAAGGUCGAGGGGUCAAGGGGUCAAGGGUCACAGGAGGACUAUAGGCCCAAUAAGAAAAGCAGGAACAGAUUUUCAUCCCAGUCCCAAUCGCAACAAUCUAGAUCUAUUUUUCCCUUGCCUAGUGUGGGCCCAGGAAAGGAAGAGUGCACCGAGUGGUUUUUCUUGUUUCAAUUGUGGCCAACUAGGUCACAAGGCCUUUGUAUGUCCACAGAAGGGAGGAUGA